AUGUCGUCGACCGCGGCCCCCGUGGCCUUCAUCGGCGCGGACGAGCUCAGCGUCGAGCUCGCCGCCUCCUUCCUCCGCUCCGGCGCCCGCGUCCGCUCGUUCGUCCCCGAGGCGGAACGGUCGCCAUCUGCGGCGCUCGCGGAGUUGAAUGGCCUCCUCCGGUGCGCGAGCCCAGUGGAAGCCGCGCGAGAUGCUGCGCUGGUCGUUGUGCUAAGCGAUGCUGGUGGAGUUGACGAGUUGUUCUUCGGAGUUGAGGGUAUCGCGAAAGGUGAGAAGAAGGAUGUCUUCCUUCUGGAUGGAUACAUUUUCAGUGGUUUAUCUGAUGAACUAAAGCAACAUAUUAUUAUUGUUGCAUCUGGGAGACAGGACAUAGCAGAAAGAGCUAGAAAGUUUUUCCAUAGUUCUUCAGCAGUAACUGCAGAUGGAUCUGCCUCACCACUGAAGGUUUGGGAAGCAUCAUUUGGAGUAAAUAUUGUAGAUGCUGCCAGUCAACAAAUCUAUGAUGCAAGCACAUUAGCUGAUCAGCUUGUUAUGGAAUCUAAAGCAGCAAACCGGAUUGGCUUCAUUGGUCUUGGAGCUAUGGGCUUUGGAAUGGCAUCCCAUUUGCUGAAAUCAGGGUUCUGUGUUGUUGCUUAUGAUGUCUACAAGCCAACAAUGGCCAGGUUUGCUGAUUUAGGUGGAUCAACAAAAGGUUCUCCUGAGGAAGUAGCAAAAGAUGUGGAAAUACUUAUUAUCAUGGUUGCAAAUGAGUCUCAAGCUGAUAGUGUUCUUUUUGGAAAUGCUGGUGCUGUACCAGUGUUAUCUGCUGGAACAUCUGUCAUCCUUUCUUCUACAGUUUCUCCUGGAUUUGUGAUCCACCUCAACAGAAGAUUAGAAGCUGAAUGCCGACAGAUAAAGUUGGUUGAUGCUCCAGUAUCUGGUGGUGUCAAAAGGGCGGCAGAUGGGACACUAACUAUAAUGGCUUCAGGGACAGAUGAAGCUCUGCAUUGCACUGGUUCUGUUCUGUCAGUGGAUAUAUUUGUCAAGGAUCUGGGUAUAGUAUCUUCUGAAAGUUCCAAUUCGAGGAUCCCAGUGCACGUCUCUACUAUUGCCCACCAGCUGUUUAUUUCAGGAUCUGCUUCUGGGUGGGGUAGAUAUGACGAUGCUGCCGUUGUGAAGGUCUAUGAGACAUUAACUGGUGUAAAAGUUGAAGGGAAGGCGCCCAUGCUCAGUAAAGAAGAUGUCCUUCGUUCUCUUCCUGCUGAAUGGACAGAAGAUCCAAUUGAUAAUCUUGUACCUAUUGCAACUCAAAGUAGCAAAAAGAUUCUUGUAGUUUUAGAUGAUGAUCCAACUGGGACUCAAACAGUUCAUGAUAUAGAAGUUUUAACUGAAUGGCCUGUUGAAGCCCUUGUCGAACAGUUUCUCAAGCUACCAACUUGCUUUUUUAUUUUGACAAACUCUCGUUCCAUGACUGCUGAUAAGGCCAUGCUGCUAGUACAAACUGUCUGCAGAAAUCUUGAAGCUGCAGCAAAGAAGGUCCCUGGUGUUAGUUAUACAGUAGUCUUGAGAGGUGAUUCAACUCUACGUGGUCAUUUCCCAGAGGAAGCUGACGCUGCUGUCUCAGUAUUAGGUGAGAUGGAUGCUUGGAUAAUCUGUCCAUUUUUUCUUCAAGGUGGGAGAUACACUAUUAAUGACGUCCACUACGUCGCAGACUCUGAUAGAUUAAUUCCUGCUGGUGAAACCGAAUUUGCCAAGGAUGCAGCUUUUGGCUAUAAAUCUUCCAAUCUAAGACAGUGGGUUGAAGAGAAGACAAGAGGACGGGUUUCGGAGAACCAAGUUUCAACAAUUUCCAUAACUCUCUUGCGUAAACAAGGACCAACUGCUGUCUGUGAGCAUCUCUGUAGCUUGGAGAAGGGCUCUGUGUGCAUCGUAAAUGCUGCUAGUGACAGGGACAUGGCCGUCUUUGCUUCUGGAAUGAUCCAGGCUGAAUUGAAAGGAAAGCGGUUUCUCUGCCGCACAGCUGCAAGUUUUGUGAGCGCAAGGAUUGGGAUCAAGCCAAAGCCACCUAUCUGUCCAAAUGACCUUGGCUUAAAAAGAGCUUUAACUGGAGGCCUCAUAAUUGUUGGUUCGUAUGUGCCAAAAACUACAAAGCAGGUUGAUGAGUUGCGAUCACAGUGCGGGCAAUCUCUUCGAGUAAUAGAGGGAGGAAUCACUUCAUCUGAUAUUGCUACAAAAGCUUUGGAAGCUAAACGUGCCAAAGUCAUGGGACAAGCAUUAGCUGGUGUACCAUUGUGGCAGCUUGGUCCUGAGAGUAGAUUUCCUGGGGUCCCUUACAUUGUUUUUCCUGGUAAUGUUGGUGAUAACAGUGCUCUUGCUAAAGUGGUGAAAAGUUGGGCUUCCCCAUCUAGAAGUUCUACAAAAGAACUUCUUAAUGCGGAGAAGGGCGGUUAUGCUGUUGGUGCUUUCAAUGUGUAUAACCUUGAGGGAAUUGAAGCUGUUGUUGCAGCAGCAGAGACUGAAAAGAGUCCUGCUAUCCUGCAGAUUCAUUCCAGUGCUCUGAAGCAAGGUGGAGUCCCAUUGGUAGCAUGUUGCAUUGCUGCUGCAGAACAAUCCACUGUGCCUAUCAGUGUUCACUAUGAUCACGGCAUUUCCAAGUCAGACUUGCUUCAAGCUCUUGAAGUGGGAUUUGAUUCAGUCAUGGUGGAUGGUUCCCAUCUAACUUUAGGGGAGAACAUCUUAUACACAAAGAGCAUAUCUUCCUUGGCUCAUGCAAAAGGUUUACUUGUGGAAGCUGAGUUGGGUAGGCUCUCAGGCUCUGAAGAUGGCCUGACCGUUGAAGAAUAUGAAGCAAGAUUUACUGAUGUUGCCCAGGCUGAGGGAUUUAUUGAUGAGACAAGCAUUGAUGCUCUAGCAGUUUGCAUUGGAAAUGUUCAUGGAAAAUAUCCACCUAGUGGACCAAACCUCAGAUUUGACUUGCUAAAGGACCUUCGUGCAUUGACCUUAAAGAAAGGAGUUAGCUUGGUUCUCCAUGGAGCAUCUGGUCUACCUCAUGAGCUCAUAAAGGAGUGCAUAGACUUGGGCGUGAGAAAAUUCAAUGUGAACACCGAGGUUCGGAAUAGCUACCUGGAGUCCCUUAGAAAGCCAGAAAAGGACCUGAUUCAGGUCAUGGCGUCUGCUAAAGAAGCAAUGAAAGCUGUGGUAGCAGAGAAGCUGCGCCUCUUUGGAUCUUCUGGGAAAGCCUGA